AUGACGAGUAUAACACUUCGUCGCCACGACUCCCCCGGCGGCAAGACAAAGCAAAUUUCCGCCGGAGUUUUGCGAUCAAUUACAGCUCUAUGGUUGAUCUGCGCCAAACGAGCUAUCAUAGCUUCUCGAAAGCUAAAGGAUAACUCAAAGAUCUCAUCAGACUCGCGCAUGAUUCAGUGGCCGAAGAAACUCAUCGCCACCAUAAGCAACAAGGAUAUGAAGUUUGGACGCCGGAAAAGCAGAACCGGAGAAUCAGGAAACACGAAAGGUGACGGCGUUGCAGACGAUGGUGUGUGGCAGAAGGAAAUUCUGAUGGGUGAUAAAUGUCAGCCGUUGGAUUUCUCCGGUGUAAUCUAUUACGAUAGAGAUGGCAACCGUAGAGACGAGCUUCCCAUGAGGUCUCCACGCGCUAGCCCCUUUCCUGGUUACGUGGCAAAGUUUGAUUGGAGCCCACCACAUGAACGGUAA